AUGGCGUCGCAGAGCGAUCUUGACAGACAGAUUGAACAGCUUAGGAACUGUACACUGAUAACAGAAGAUGAGGUGAAAGCUCUCUGUGCUAAAGCCCGUGAGAUUCUAAUUGAGGAGAGUAAUGUGCAGUGCGUCGACUCUCCGGUUUGUGGUGACAUCCACGGGCAGUUCUAUGAUCUAAUUGAACUGUUUAAAGUCGGCGGGGACGUUCCUGAGACAAAUUAUCUGUUCCUUGGAGACUUCGUGGAUCGGGGUUACUAUAGCGUCGAGACAUUUCUCCUCCUUUUAGCAUUAAAGGUGCGGUAUCCUGAUCGUAUAACUUUGAUUCGUGGCAAUCACGAAAGUCGGCAAAUCACAACCGUUUACGGUUUUUAUGACGAAUGCUUGCGUAAAUAUGGCUCAGCUAUGGUUUGGCGACAGUGCACUGAAAUUUUUGACUACUUGUGCCUUUCUGCGAUUAUCGAUGAUAAAAAUACCACUCCUGGAGAGCGUCGGCGUAGUCGAAUUAAGGCGCCAUUUGGCGAUGAAGACAUCCCCAUAGUCUUUGCUGGAACUAGUGGGCGUGAAGCGUCUUGCGAAACAGCGCUUUUUUAUGAUGACCGAAUGCUACUUCACAAGAAUGACUGGUAUGCGGACUAUCCAGAGUGUCCGGAUCGAGCAAAAGCCGUGUUUAAUAGAUGCGAGUCCUACGGGCUUGCGUCUCGCUGUGUACUAAUGACAGCCGAACCUGUUUCAGAUGAGAUAUUGUCCUAUGCCCACCGAUCCUCUCUCGUGUCAAAAGUUACAGAAACAGCGUCAAUGAGUGACUCCGAACGCAGAACUUUAUCCAGUACCUUGGACAGCGCCUAUUUUAAUGAGCAUACUAAUAUGGCAGCUCGUCUCGCUGCCGGCUCCGUGAUUCAAGCCGUGGAGUCUGUGCAUCGUGGGGAUGUACGCAAUGCUUUCUGCCUAAUCCGCCCACCGGGUCACCACGCCAUGGAGGAUGAAGCAUGUGGCUUUUGCGUCUUCAACAAUAUCGCAUUGGCUGCGCACUACGCGAUGGACAAGUUGGAGUACGAUCGCACGCCUUUAUAUCAAUGGGGGGGGGGGGGGGGAGGGGGGGGGGGGGGGGGGGGGGGGGGGGGGGGGGGGGGGGGGGGGGGGGGGGUUUGUUAA